AAAAAACAAUUUGAAGCAUCGAAGGGUGAAAUAGAAAAAAAUGAAAGGACUGAAAUGAAAUAAAACCUUGGUGGAUGCUAUCAAUAGCCUUGUUCUUUUAGCUUUCUGUAUAAUGUAAUGGGCAGGUCUUAUUACUUGAGUGUGUGAUGCAAGAGAUAGUCAUUGCAGAUUUUAGUUGCCUAAGUUUGAUCCUUUGUGGAGUUCCUUUGCAAGUCUCUUUUUUUUCUCCUUAUUCAUAAUUUUCAAAACAAAAAAAAAGCAUUUACCGAUCAUAGCUUUAGAUUAAUUAUAUGUGUUAUUGAAAGAGAUGAGGAGCUAGUAUCAUUCGUGCAGGUGUCAAAGUGAUCAUCAGCAGCCUUCCAUUCCUUUCUCUCUUUGCUAGCUGGCUUUCAUGCAGAGCUAAAGGCCUUCUCCUUUUGUUCCUCUCGCUAUAUUUUACUAUUGAGCAGUCAGUACCGGUGCUUUCCGCAUAUAUUUUCACAAAUUAAGAAAACUUGAAUAUGUCUUCCCUGUCUCCGUGUCUCCAAGUCUUCAGAACUUCGAAGAGAUGGAGAUUCAUUCAGCUGGCAAUUUAAAGCAGCUUUUUUGGUCCAAAGGAUUUUGCUGUCCAAUUGCCGUCUUUGAAAUGUCUACGCAUCACGGCCACGAAGAAUUGGGUAAUUUGUUGGCACAACUACAAGGGCUUACAAGUUUGGAAACAUUGAAGUUGUCCUCCCUGCUUGUGCCUGACUUGAGGAGUAUAUGGAAGGGUCUCGUGCCAUGCAAUUUGACUACUUUGGAGGUGAAAAGGUGUCAGAGAGUGACACAUGUAUUCACAAACAGCAUGAUCGCUAGUCUAAUUCAACUGAAAAUUCUAGAGAUAUCAGACUGUGAGGAAUUGGAACAAAUCAUUGCAAAGGAUAAUGAUGAUGAAAAUAAUCAGAUAUUGUCAGGGAGUGAUCUCCAAUCAGCAUGCUUCCCUAAUUUGUGUCGACUUGAGAUCACAGCAUGCAACAAGUUAAAGAGUCUCUUCCCGGUAGCCAUGGCUUCAGGUCUCAAAAAGCUCCGAGAACUUAAAGUAAGGAAAUCCUCUCAAUUAUUGGGAGUAUUUGGGCAGGAUGAUCAUGCUUCACCUGUCAAUGUUGAGAAGGAGAUGGUGCUCCCUGAUCUGCAGGAGUUGUUGCUUGUACAAUUACCAAGUAUUUCCUCCUUCAGUCUCGGAUGUUCUAAUUUCUUGUUCCCUCAUUUGAAGAAGUUGGAGGUGGAUGGAUGCCCAAAGCUGACCACAGAAUCUGCUACUACAUCAAAUGACUCAAUGAGUGCUCAAUUAGAGGGGUUUAUGAAUUUGAAAGAAAUAUAUAUUGGAAACUUGGAAGGAGUACAAGAUUUAAUGCAAGUUGGACGUUUGGUAACUAAUAAAAGAGGUGGGCAUGAACUUUCACUCGUUAGUUUGGAAACAUUACGCUUGAACUUAUUGCCAGACUUGAGGUGUAUAUGGAAGGUUCUCCUGCCGAGCAAUUUGACUACUUUGAAGGUGAACGACUGUAAGAGACUGACACAUGUAUUCACAGACAGCAUGAUUGCUAGUCUAGUUCAACUGAAACUUCUAGAGAUAUCAGCUUGUGAGGAAUUGGAGCAAAUCGUUGCUAAGGAUAAUGAUGAUGAAAAGGAUCAGAUAUUUUCAGGAAGUGAUCUCCAAUCUUCAUGCUUCCCUAAUUUGUGUCGACUUGAGAUCACAGGAUGCAACAAGUUGAAGAGUCUCUUCCCGAUAGCCAUGGCUUCAGGUCUCAAAAAGCUCCGAAAACUUAAAGUGAGAAAAUCCUCUCAAUUAUUGGGAGUAUUUGGGCAGGAUGAUCAUGCUUCACCUGCUAAUAUUGAGAAGGAGAUGGUGCUCCCUGAUCUGCAGGAGUUGUUGCUUGUACAAUUACCAAGUAUUUCCUCCUUCAGUCUCGGAUGUUCUAAUUUCUUGUUCCCUCAUUUGAAGAAGUUGGAGGUGGAUGGAUGCCCAAAGCUGACCACAGAAUCUGCUACUACAUCAAAUGACUCAAUGAGUGCUCAAUUAGAGGGGUUUAUGAAUUUGAAAGAAAUAUAUAUUGGAAACUUGGAAGGAGUACAAGAUUUAAUGCAAGUUGGACGUUUGGUAACUAAUAAAAGAGGUGGGCAUGAACUUUCACUCGUUAGUUUGGAAACAUUACGCUUGAACUUAUUGCCAGACUUGAGGUGUAUAUGGAAGGUUCUCCUGCCGAGCAAUUUGACUACUUUGAAGGUGAACGACUGUAAGAGACUGACACAUGUAUUCACAGACAGCAUGAUUGCUAGUCUAGUUCAACUGAAACUUCUAGAGAUAUCAGCUUGUGAGGAAUUGGAGCAAAUCGUUGCUAAGGAUAAUGAUGAUGAAAAGGAUCAGAUAUUUUCAGGAAGUGAUCUCCAAUCUUCAUGCUUCCCUAAUUUGUGUCGACUUGAGAUCACAGGAUGCAACAAGUUGAAGAGUCUCUUCCCGAUAGCCAUGGCUUCAGGUCUCAAAAAGCUCCGAAAACUUAAAGUGAGAAAAUCCUCUCAAUUAUUGGGAGUAUUUGGGCAGGAUGAUCAUGCUUCACCUGCUAAUAUUGAGAAGGAGAUGGUGCUCCCUGAUCUGCAGGAGUUGUUGCUUGUACAAUUACCAAGUAUUUCCUCCUUUAGUCUCGGAUGUUCUAAUUUCUUGUUCCCUCAUUUGAAGAAGUUGGAGGUGGAUGGAUGCCCAAAGCUGACCACAAAAUUUGAUACUACAUCAAAUGGUUCAAUGAGUGCUCAAUCAGAGGUAUCUCAAGUAGCUGAGGAUGCCAGCACUUGUUGCUCCGUGCCAACCAGCACUGCUAGAAGGUGGACCCGAAGAUUUGGAUGGAAAAAGGAAGAGGAUGAAGGUGGUCAUGCUAAUAUUGUUUAGCACCAUCUUAUUAUAUAGGCUACAAGAUGAUUGAGUCAGAUGAUAAGUUAAUAUGGACUUUGGACUUUGAAGAACAUGCUAAUGAUUCAUUCUUGCAGGUAAUAUGGCUGCAACUAUUUAUCUUCUAUGCUUCUUUAAAUGGUUGGAUUAAAUCAACAAAUAAGAUAUGACUGGAUGAUCUUUGUCCUUGAUGUUUGCAUUAGGUUGGUUGGUUACUUAUGUGAUGAUCAACUCGACAUUGGUGGGAAGUAAUUCCAGCUGUUUCAUUAGCUAUAACAAUUUGUCUUAUUUCAUGUGUUUGUUGUGUGAACUUCCAGAAAUGUUGUGUGUUUAGUAAUUUAUUGUGCGAACCUCCAAAAAAAGGGCUUUUGUUUGUUUGCCCAUUUGUGUUUCUUUUCAAGUGUCCGAACCUUCAAUAACUAAAGGCAUAAUGUUUACUCAUUUAUGUGCUUA